AUGGCAUCAUUCAAUUUAAAGGCAUUCCUGGCAAUGAUCUUCGUCUUUGUCGGCUGCUGUAGCAAUGUCGUCUUCCUCGAGCUGAUCAUCAAAAUCGAUCCCGGCGCCGGCAAUCUGAUCACCUUUCUGCAGUUCCUCUUCAUCGCCGUCGAGGGUCUCGUCUUCACCUCCAAAUUCUUCACCGUUCGCCCCAAGAUCAGCAUGCGCGACUACGUGAUGCUUGUGGUGUUGUUCUUUGGCGCCAACGUCUGCAACAAUUACGCCUUCAACUUUAAUAUCCCGAUGCCGCUGCACAUGAUCUUUCGCAGUGGUUCGCUCAUGGCCAACAUGAUCAUGGGCAUUAUAUUGCUAAAGAAGCGUUACAAUCUCAGGCAAUACAGUUCGGUGGCCAUGAUCACAGGUGGAAUAAUACUCUGCACCCUAAUGUCGAGCACAGAUGUCAAGGACAACACACAUCACUCGCUGAAAGUGGAAACAUCGUACUCGGACUUUUUCUGGUGGUGCGUGGGCAUCGCUUUGCUGGCGAUCGCGCUGCUUGUCACCGCCUACAUGGGCAUAUAUCAGGAGGUGAUCUUCAAGCGCCACGGCAAGCAUCCCAAUGAGGCGUUGUUCUACACACACAUGCUGCCGCUGCCCGGCUUCCUGGUGAUGGCCAGCAACAUUGCCCAGCACUGGAGCAUCGCUGUCAACUCGGAAGCGAUGUCGAUCCCAUUGCCCGGCACCAGCUGGAGCCUCUCGUUUCCCCUGAUGUUCGUCUAUCUGCUGUUCAAUGUGAUCACCCAGUACAUCUGCAUUGCCUCGGUCUAUGUGCUGACCACAGAGUGCGCCUCCCUCACUGUCACUUUGGUGGUGACGCUGCGAAAGUUUGUCUCGCUGCUGUUCUCGAUCAUGUACUUUAGGAAUCCGUUCACGAUCAGCCAUUGGCUGGGCACGGUGCUCGUCUUCUUUGGCACGAUACUGUUUGCGGAUGUGCUGAAUCAGCUGAUGGAUGCUUUCAAGAAGCGCAUCCAGCGACGUCAUGACUCGCCGUUGCCAACGAGCGUUGAAUACAGUCGAUUAUAGUAGUAGAGUAGAGUUGUUAAGUACAAUUUAUAUUUAUAUUAUUAUAUGCUAACAAUAACUGAAGAGAAAGACAAGUGUGGGACACAUUCAAGUUAACGAACUAAGCGUGUACAAUGGGCAAUGUAUUUGUAUUUAGGUAUGUAUACGUUUAUAUAUAUAUAUAUAUAUAUAAUAAUCAUAUAUGUAUAUACUAGUAGAUGAGUUAAUACUUAUGCGAAUCGGGAAAGAAUUCAUUGCGCAUUGUUCUCGAAUUGUAAUAUAUAUAUAGUAGAUGGAAAUGCAAAACGGAGCACGAAAAAAAAUUGAAAAACA